AUGCUAUCUGACACUUUGCCAAAAUUCCUUCUGGCGGACAAGACCCGAAGGCAUGCUCUUUUCAGCGAUCUUGCAAAGAUCAUGCUCACCGUUAACCAGAAACCAUUCUCACGUAUUAGAUCUUUGACAUUGGAUGAUGAUGGCUUGAUUCAUUUUAAAAGUCGCCCCUUAACUCUGCGUCUUCAAACUUUCGAAAAUGAAGGCAUCCCUACUAUACCAAGGGACUCUACGUAUCAGUGCGCGGAGCCUUACAUCUUGGAUCUGUUGCACUGUCAUGACAACCGCCUCCACCAUCAGCCGAAUGCUAUUCAUGAUCUUGACGACGGCCAGGAACAGCUUGCUGCUUUGACUAUGAUGCGAAGUCUCUUGCCUCAAUUCAUUUCUCGUCAAUAUCGCGACGGCCCAUUUCUGCUCACACUUACUGAUCUCUAUCCAAGCAAUAUCUUUGUGGAUGAAGAUUGGCAUAUUACGUGUUUGAUAGACUUGGAAUGGGCAUGCACGUUCCCUAUUGAGCUACAGACACCGCCCUACUGGUUAACUGGUCGACCUAUCGAUGAUAUUGAGCAUGGAGAACAUCUCCAAAAUUUCCAAUCUGUCAUUUCUGAAUUCAUAGAGGCGUUCAAACAGCAGGAAAAAGCCGUCUGCACGCUUGUCACUUCACAAGCUGAGAUCAUGAGAAAAUGCUGGGAAAGAGGAAGUUUCUGGUAUUUUCAAGCUGUCCAUAGCCCUAAGGGCCUUCUCCGAGUGUUCAAUGAGCAUAUCCAGCGAAUUUUCUGUGAAGAGCACUGCACCCAGCGAAUUUUUGAUCGGACGGUGAGCCCUUAUUGGUCCGUGGACGCAGGGAAUUUCAUUCAAGCAAAGGUGGACGAAGAUUCGGACUACAAAGAUCGGUUGAGGAUUCGUUUUGCCGAGAUUGGUCAUUGA